GCGGCUCAGCUCGGCUCGGCUCAGCACAGCGCUGCACGGCCCGCCCCGCUGCCAGAGCGAUCCCAGCGCCGCCGCCUCAUGGAGCCGCACGGGCCCGCCUGUCCCGGCAGCGUCCUCUUCGGCUGUGAGCUGACUGCCAGUACCAAAUCCUACACAUUUCAGGUGGAUGAAGAAGACAACUCUGACCACAUUUUAGCACUGUCUGUGGUCUGCCUCACUGAUGGUGCCAAGGACGAGUGCAACGUGGUGGAAGUCGUUGGGCGAAACCAUGAGAACCAAGAGAUCUCUGUGCCUGUGGCAAACCUGAAGUUGUCAUGCCAGCCCUUGCUGAGUCUGGACAACUUCAAGCUGCAGCCUCCAGUGACCUUUCGGCUGGCAGCAGGCUCUGGCCCAGUGCACCUGGCUGGCUGGCACAGGAUCAUGCACAGGGAAGAUGUUUCCUUUGAGGAGGAUGAUGACUUAUCUGAGGAGGAUGAGGAAGACCUUCCUCCUAUUAUGCCAGCGAAGAAGUAGGAGGAGGAAGGAGUAACUUGUCUCCAGGCAAGGUACUCACUGGAACUUCUCUCCCUGGAUGGUUUUUACCUUGGAUAUUGGAUACCUGUUGUCACGGCUUCAACAUUUGCUG